UAAGCUCAUUGAUCACAGCCUGUAUAUAAAAAAAUGACAUAAUAUUUCAGUUUUUUCUAUAAAUAAUAUUUGAACUAAAAUUAUGUUUGCCUUUUUAAUAUUGACACAAAUAAAAGCUAUUUGUAAUUAUGUCAAAAUGUUUAUCUGGUUAAUGAUUCGGAACGCAACCCGUAUACAACAUUUUCUUGUGAGUUGUGACGUUCGUUCUGCCUGUUUUAUUAGUUCACAAUAAUGAAUGUUUCUUUCUGGUUGAGGAGUCUUAUAAUUUAUUUUAAUUGAUGAACCAGUUUAUUAGUGUAUAUAAUUAGUUUGGAUUUACAAAAGAUUAGUUUUGUUAAUAUCGUUAAUUCCCAUAUUGGGCAUACAUUCUCAGUGUAAGUUAGAAAGUUUUAACAUGUUCUCUGCCCUUAAGAAAUUAGCAAAAGGCAACGAUGAACGCUGCACUGCUCCAGUACCCAUGUCCUCUUCUUUACAAAAGAAGUUUUCGCGUGGAGUUCACUUUAACAUGAAAAUAUUGAUUAAAGGAGACCGAAAUGUGGGCAAAUCUUGUCUGCUGCAAAGAUUGCAAGGUGGACCUUUUAUAGAAGAAUAUGUUCCCACUGAUCAAAUUCAGGUGGCUCCUAUACACUGGACCUACAAAAAUACAGAUCACAUAGUAAAAGUUGAAGUGUGGGAGGUAGUAGAUAAAGGCAGAACUAAGAAGAAAUCUCCUCUAGGCCUGAAAUUAGAGAACCAAGCUUCGGUAGCCCAGGAGGAAGGUUAUGAUACACCAGUACUGGAUGCAACGUUUCUUGAUGUGUACAAGAAUGCAACUGGUGUUAUACUGAUGCUUGAUAUCACCAAACCAUGGACAUUCGAAUAUGUGGUGAAGGAGUUGUCGCGGGUGCCCGCCGACCUGCCCGUGGUGGUGCUCGGGAACCACUGCGACAUGCAGCACCACCGCCAGGUGCACCCACACCACAUCGAGCAGGCGCUAGAACAGGCUAAGCUGAACAGGACGGCGGCAGUGCGGUACGCGGAGUCCUCGAUGAGGAACGGCUUCGGGCUGCGCCUGCUGCACAAGUUCCUGAGCGUGCCGUUUCUGCGGCUGCAGCGGACCAGCCUGCUCGAGCAGCUGCAGAGGAACCAGAGGGACGUGGAGGAGACGGAGAAGGAGCUGGAUGACUUCCAAAAUUCUGAGGAGUCCCACUACAACCUAUUCCUGGAUCGGCUCGCCAACAAGCGCCGUCAGAGCCAGGGCGCGCCCGAGCCCCGACCGAACAACGAGCGCUCGCCGAGUAUCGUGCUGGGCGCCGGCAAGCCCAUAGUGCCGCCCGCCGUCAACCCGCUGUUAGCGCAGUCACUGAACCCGUUGGGCAUCAAAGCACAGCACGGUCCGCCGUCGCAGAGCCAGUACGUAAGCCCGGAGCUGAUGAAGACGCGGCCAACUGUCAGCAUGGACUGUACGCCGUCGAGACUUAACCUCCCAGAGAGCGAGCAGAGCACACCCGCAGGUGCUAAGUCCCCGUCGGGUACCUUGGACGAGUUCUACGCGGGCGCGCUGGAUAGCAGCUUCCUGGAUGAUCUCGCGCCUGCGUCCAAUCAGGAACUCACCUAUGAGAGCGACAGCGAUGAUGAAACGACGAACCCAAAGGUGACCAUCGAACAAGACGACGUGGACAUUGAAUACGCCGCGAUGAUCCAAGACCUAGCCUUGGAGCAGACGAAACCGUUAGCCGAGCCCCUAGAAGACCGGUUCACCCAGCUUAGCGUAAAGGAGUACUCGCCGGCCGAGGGUGACGUGCAGUCCAUCGAGAAUGAGUUCCCGCUUUGGGCCGGUGAUGCCAGCGCCAGGAGGUCGCCGGAAGGAGGGGAAGAUCCCGACGUUGGUAAAGAAUCUGAGGUCAAGACUGAGAAGAAACACAAAAAGAAGAAAUCUAAGGACAAAGACAAAGGCGAUUAUUCUGAGAAAUCGGAGAAGAAAGAGAGAAAGAAGCAUAAAAAAUCUAAGAGCGAAAAGAAGACAGUAAAUCCACAGGCGGCGCUACUGGAUCCUACACCCGUCGACGGCUUCUACGACGAUGUUGAGUACGACUCUCUAUGAGUUAAACGUUCACUGCGAUUUUUGCUUUACGCUUGUAAGGAGAAUUUGUUACAACGAAUAACGGUGGCAUAUUGAGCCUAAAUGUGCGAAUCAUAGAAACGCCUGAAGAAGUUUCCUACAUUAUUAUGGAGUCUUUCCGAAGUGCACAACUUAACUACAUAUUUUACUUGUGAGCAAAGGGUUGUCAAAGGUUGACGUUUGACAGUCGAUCUACCGCAGACUCGGAGUAAUUAACAAUGGAGACGCCAUGUCUAAAAUUUUCGGUACAAAAUAGUCUGCCGUUUUUUGCGGGGGAGGGGCACAUCAAAUGUAUAGGUACGUCAUGUCCGAUAAACGUCAGUCCAUACAUAUGGUUGACCAUCGGCCGCCUAUUUUCGACAGAGGGGAACGCCUGUUAAUGGCGGCUCCAUUGUUAAUUACUCCGAGACCGCAGAAAAUAUGGGGCCGUACAGCGCAACCUACUUCAACUGUCGAGCACGGAUAGAUGUUUUUUUCUAGACUAUUAAUUACUCUUUUAAGGUUUAACUCUUUGCUUAUGCUUAUACUCACAAAGAAAAAAGGAAAUCAUUGGAAAUGGUGCACGACACGUUGGAAUUGCGCCAAUUACUAUUAAUAUACUAUGCAUUAAAAAGUCUUUGUAUUCGUAAUUAUAUUCCUAGUUAUUGUUGUACAGUCAACAGCAGAAGUUGCUAAGCGGACCAGGGGUUCACGAAGAUCAUGACGUUACUUAAUUGUUAAAAGAAUAGCGUGUCAAGGUAAUUUUGAACACCUCGCCCGCUCAGCAACUUCUGCUGCUGACUGUAUAGCGUGUGAGUACAACUUAUUCUUUGCUUACAACCUAAACUAUUGUUUUGAUAUCUUCGUUCGUUUGAACUCAAAAAAGUUACAUACUUAGUUGGUUACUGUACUUAUACUUAACGCAACAUUCAUCAACAGUUGUAGGUUAUUAUCAAUGACUGAUUUAAUAUUAAAAUAAAAUAGUAAGUCAUAAUAAUUAAAUCAUAAUUAUGUACAUUACCGGUGAAUCUUGUAUCAUAAUAAUUUUUGAUUUAUAAUACUUACACGUUUUAGAACUAUUUGAAUAGGUAUACUGUGGGCACAGAUUGGUCUGUGACUUUAGGUCUUACUAGUAUUAUUUAAUAUACAAUCACAAAACCAUGACGAUACAACUUCGAUCGGCUAAUAUCUCCUAACUAGAAUAUCUGAUUUCUUGUUUUAGACAUAAUUAUUGGUCUUUUAAAGUACAUACAUCUAAUACCCGAAAUACAAAAACGUAUGAGGAGUAAGUUGUGCCCAUCAUUAUUAUUGGUCUAUAAAUGUAACUACUAAAAUUAAUCGCUUUUUGUCCAAUUCUUGUAUUUAAUGUUUAUCAAUAUGAAUAUGAAGUACAAAUAUUGUGUGUAUCAAACGAUCACUAUAUUCUUGUAUAUUGUGCAUCUAUACGUAUAAAUUGUAUAAAACUCGUUAUUCGUAUUUUAUUAUUGUGUUAAACUUCUCUUGUUACAUUCUUACGUAAACAAGUAAUCGAAUAAGUGCAAUCGCUGUCAAUAAUGUCUACAUACAUUGUUUACAAGUACUAUACAGGAUGUUUUUGUAAUUACCGUCAAUAUUUUGUGCGAUGUGAAUGGUCAUACUGAACUUUUACUAUGGGACCAGCCCCGAAUCCGCGUACUAAAAGUUGCUACCUAUUGUAUAUAAUAUAUAUUCAUCUCGUAAAAUAUUGACGAUAAAUAUAAUUUUUUACCGAAUCCUGCAGAAAUCAUAGGUGUGUGUGAACUCACCGCAAUGAAGUGUUAAGAAAAUUACCUGCUUAGCAUUUAUAGUUCGUUUUUUUAGCAUUAGAAAGAACUUGGAAGAGGAUAAGCGAUUUUGACAUGCCUUUUAAUUCAAAAACGCUUUUUAAAAAUCAGUAACUAUUACUUAUGAAAGCAGAAGAAUAUAAAUGAUCGUAUUAGAUUCAUAAAUGUUACAAUUUUGCCGUAACUUAUUUAUAAAUGUGUUUUUCAAUUAAAACACACAUCAAGAUUUAUUUCUAACGCUAAAACCUUAUUUCUAAUGCUAAAAGAAACGAACUAUAGUAUUUAAUAGAACAUUACUUCUACUACUGACUGUUAUAUUCCCGCUUUAGAUUUUAUAUGAAUGUCGUAUUAUUUAUUAAUAUUACCGUAAUGUCUAGUCUUAAAAAUGUUAUUGCUUCAUGUUUCGGUGUUGACGUAUGAGCGCAAAAGUGAAAAUAUUUUUAUGUAUAUUUUUUGUUAUUGAGAUUGUCUAUUAUGCAAUAAUAAAAAUAAAAUAAAAUA